AUCAUCGUAGUUCUGAAUUUCUACUCAUUUCCAAUAUAUCCUUUACAAUAAAGAGCUAGAUGUAUGUUCAGAUUGGUGCCAACCUACAGAGUUAGGCAUAUUUCCAAAAUUUUCCCAUUGCUUCAAGUGCGGUGCCCCUUGUUUUCAGCAGCUGCAAAUUCUCUACAAGGUACUUCAAAUGGAUGUGAAGACAAUGACAAAUCAAUUGAUUUCAAUCAUCUGUUCAAAUCCUGCACCCAAUUGCACCUUGCGAAGCGCCUUCAUGCCCUUGUUUUGGUUUCGGGAAAAGCUCAAAGCAUCUUUAUUUCAGCCAAGCUUGUUAAUCUUUAUGCUUACCUUGGCGAUGUCUCAUUCUCUCGUCGCACUUUUGAUCAGAUCAACGAAAAAGAUGUCUAUACCUGGAACGCAAUGGUUUCUGCUUAUGUUCGCAGUGGCCGUUUUCAGGAAGCUGUGGAUUGUUUCUAUCAGUUUUUCUCGACCUCAGGUCUUCGACCAGAUUUCUAUACUUUUCCUCCUGUUCUAAAAGCUUGUAAAAAUCUACCUGAUGGAAUGAGGAUGCAUUGCUUGGUUCUAAAACUGGGUUUUGAAUGGGAUGUAUUUGUUACUGCUUCCUUGGUUCAUAUGUAUACCCGGUUUCGAAUUGUAGGCUCUGCUCGUAAAUUGUUUGAUGAUAUGCCAGUACGAGAUAUGGGUUCUUGGAAUGCAAUGAUUUCUGGAUAUUGUCAAAACGGCAAUGCUGCAGAAGCAUUAGAGGUUUUGAAUGAGAUGAGAUUGGAAAGGGUAAUGAUGGAUCCUGUUACUAUAGCUAGCAUUCUUCCUAUUUGUGCACAAUUAGAUGAUAUUUUAUACGGGAGGUUGAUUCAUUUAUAUGCUAUAAAAAGUGGGUUGGAAUUUGACUUGUUUGUGUCUAAUGCAUUGAUUAACAUGUAUGCCAAGUUUGGUAAAUUGGAGCAUGCCCAGAAGGUUUUUGAUCACAUGGUGGUAAGGGAUUUGGUGUCAUGGAACUCAAUAAUUGCUGCCUAUGAGCAGAAUGAUGAUCCACAUAUGGCACUAGGUUUAUUCUACAAUAUGAAACUAAUUGGAAUUAAUCCUGAUUAUCUGACACUGGUGAGUUUAUCUUCUAUUGUUGCUCAGUUAAGUGAUUCUCGGAAGGGUAAGUCUGUUCAUGGAUUCGUCAUGAGGAGAGGUUGGUUUCUGAAGGAUGUCAUCUCUGGAAAUUCAGUAGUGGACAUGUAUGCAAAAUUGGGCAUUAUGGAUUCUGCACAUGCAGUUUUUGACGUCCUCCCAGUGAAAGAUGUGGUAUCUUGGAACACUUUGAUCACUGGUUAUGCUCAAAAUGGUUUGGCAGGUGAGGCAAUUGAAGCAUAUGGCAUGAUGCAAGAGUGCAAGGAGAUAACGCCCAACCAAGCGACUUGGGUGAGCAUUCUACCUGCUUAUUCUAAUGUAGGAGCCCUGCAACAGGGGAUGAGAGUUCAUGGACGGUUGAUUAAGAACUCUUUCUAUUUGGAUAUCUUCGUGGGAACCUGCCUGAUCGACAUGUAUGGAAAAUGUGGGAAAUUAGAUGAUGCUAUGUCCUUGUUCUUUGAAGUGCCCAAAAUGACUUCUGUCCCCUGGAAUGCCAUAAUAUCAUGUCAUGGAAUUCAUGGGCAUGCUGAGAAAGCUCUGAAGCUAUUUAGAGAAAUGCGAGAAGAGGGGGUGAAGCCAGACCAUGUAACAUUUGUAUCUCUGCUUUCAGCUUGUAGCCAUUCAGGUCUGGUUGAUGAGGGUCAAUGGUGCUUUCAUGUGAUGCAGGAAGAGUAUGGAAUUGAGCCUAUUUUGAAGCAUUAUGGCUGCAUGGUAGAUUUGUUUGGUCGAGCUGGGCAUCUGGAAAUGGCAUAUAAUUUUAUAAAAAACUUGCCAGUAAAGCCUGAUGCAUCUGUUUGGGGUGCCCUUCUUGGUGCUUGUAGAAUACAUGGAAACAUUGACUUGGGCACCUUUGCUUCAGAUCGCUUGUUUGAAGUGGAUUCAGACAAUGUUGGGUACUAUGUUCUGUUGUCAAACAUUUAUGCAAAUAUUGGGAAAUGGGAGGGAGUGGAUAAAGUAAGAGCAGUGGCUAGAGAUAAGGGAUUGAGGAAGACUCCUGGAUGGAGCUCAAUCGAGGUGAGUAAUAAGGUUGAUGUCUUUUAUACUGGAAAUCGAAGCCAUCCGAAAUGUGAGGAGAUAUUCAAGGAGUUGAGGAGUUUGACUGCUAAAAUGAAAAGCCUAGGCUAUGUUCCAGACUACAGUUUUGUGUUGCAGGAUGUUGAGGAGGACGAGAAGGAGCAUAUCCUUAUGAGUCACAGUGAGAGACUGGCAAUUGCAUACGGAAUUAUCAGCAGUCCUCCUAAAAGUCCUAUCCGAAUAUUCAAGAACCUGAGAGUUUGUGGUGAUUGCCACAAUGCGACCAAAUUCAUAUCUCAAAUUACUGAUAGAGAGAUCAUCGUGAGGGAUUCAAACCGUUUUCAUCACUUCAAAGAUGGGAUUUGCUCUUGUGGGGACUAUUGGUGACAUGACUAAACAAUUGAUGGAACAACCUUGGAAUUGUUGAGACAAGGGAUUGCGAGAAGAAUUGAGUACACUUUUUGGGCUUGAGCAGUUGAGCUGGAGCUUGGAUUGAUGAUCACUAAAGUCUGAGCAUACUUCCAGGAUGAGUUGGCCUACGUCAGACAAGGCCACUGGAGGAAUGAAUGCUUUUCAGCUUGAUGCACCCAUUUAAAUCAGCAUCGCGUGAGGGAAGGUUGUUCUUUUUGCAACCUGAUUUGGCGACACUUUUUUCUCUUAAUCAAAAGUUUCAUCAUUUUUGUGAUCCCAAGUCCAAACCACUGUGCUUUCUUUCUUGGCAUUGUGGUUGAACCGCUCUGCUGUUGCUCGAGUGCCAACCAAGUUGCCAGCUCGGUGGGAAUGUCAGAGGGUCCAUAUGCUUAUCUGGACCAUGUGGUUUUCUAAACCCUUUGCGCAUGGAAACAAAAGUUGAUUAUACACAGCUGACUUUCUUAGUCA